CGGGCGGGAGCGAGGGAGGGAGCGCGGGCGGGAGGGAGGGGAGAGGGAGGUGACCGGGGCUGACUGGAGUGAGGCGCUCAGCUGCCAACACUCACACACCGCCUGCCGCUGCGCUGCCGCUGGACUCCGGGCGAGACGGGGAGAGAGCGAGCGGGCGAGGAAAACACAGAAGAGGAAGAGGAGGCAGGCGGUGGUUAGGAGGGGGCAGCUGAGAGAGGAGGGAAGCGCAGAGAGGGAAGAGGAGGAAGCCUCCCUCCUCGCGGAGAGAAGACUUUCCAUGUAGCUGGGGCGAGAGGGAGAAGGCUGGAGCUCGGGAACUGUGCGAGCAGCUUUCCAAGCAAGUUACUUAAUCCCCGAGGAGCGGAGGGAGGAGGGGAGCGCGGUCAUCACCACUGCCGACAGUAACUGUUAUUCCCGGCCCCGAUAACUUAGCCCCCAGGCGGUUCAAUGCACUAUUCCAAGCUCUUCCUCGUUUCCUCCUCGGGGUAACUCGGCCGCCGGUGCCGCCGGGAGGCGAGGAGCGGAGCCGCGGAAGAAGGAAGGCGAAGUUUUGCGGGGGCUGCGCCCGGCGGCGGCGGCCGAGAUGGGCUGGAAGCGCCGCGGCGGCGGCGGCGGCGGCGACCUGCUGUGCCUGCUCACCCUGGUGCUGGGGUUCCUGCUGCCCGCCUGCAGGACGCGCCUCUACACCAACCACUGGGCUGUGCGGAUCGCUGGGGGGCUCCCGGAGGCCAACAGGAUAGCUAGCAAGUACGGAUACGUCAAUAUAGGACAGAUUGGAACACUGAAGGAUUACUACCACUUCUACCAUAGUAAAACAAUUAAAAGGUCAGUUCUCUCAAGUAGAGGUACCCACAGCUUCAUUUCAAUGGAACCAAAGGUGGAGUGGAUACAACAGCAGGUGGUUAAAAGAAGGAUAAAGAGGGAUUAUAAACCUGGUGGUACCCAAUCCACUUAUUUCAAUGAUCCCAAGUGGCCAAGCAUGUGGUACAUGCACUGCAGUGAUAACACCCAUCAUUGCCAAUCAGAUAUGAAUAUAGUAGGUGCUUGGAAGAGAGGCUAUACUGGAAAGAAUGUUGUGGUCACCAUCCUGGAUGACGGCAUCGAAAGAAACCAUCCAGACUUGAUGCAGAAUUAUGAUUCGCAGGCCAGUUUUGAUGUCAAUGGAAAUGAUUUUGACCCCAUGCCUCGGUAUGAUGCCAGCAACGAGAACAAGCAUGGAACCCGUUGUGCUGGAGAAGUGGCAGCCACAGCGAACAACUCACACUGCACAGUAGGAAUCGCCUUUAAUGCCAAGAUUGGAGGCGUACGGAUGCUGGAUGGGGACGUGACAGACAUGGUCGAGGCAAAGUCUCUGAGCCUUAAUCCGCAGCACAUCCACAUCUACAGCGCCAGCUGGGGGCCUGAUGAUGAUGGUAAGACUGUGGACGGACCUGCUUCUCUAGCGCGUCAGGCCUUUGAGAACGGCAUCAGAAUGGGACGAAGAGGCUUAGGCUCAGUUUUUGUUUGGGCAUCUGGAAAUGGUGGAAGGAGUCGAGACCAUUGCUCUUGUGAUGGCUACACCAAUAGCAUCUACACUAUCUCCAUAAGCAGCACAGCUGAAAGUGGGAAGAAGCCCUGGUACCUGGAAGAAUGUGCAUCCACGCUAGCUACGACAUACAGCAGUGGGGAGUCCUACGACAGGAAAAUAAUCACCACAGACCUGAGGCAGCGUUGCACAGACAGCCAUACGGGAACCUCAGCCUCUGCACCUAUGGCUGCAGGCAUCAUUGCACUGGCACUGGAAGCAAAUCCGUUUCUGACCUGGAGAGACAUACAGCAUAUUAUUGUAAGGACUUCACGUGCAGGACAUCUGAAUGCUAACGACUGGAAAACCAAUGCGGCUGGUUAUAAGGUGAGCCACCUCUAUGGAUUUGGACUGAUGGAUGCUGAAGCAAUGGUGAUAGAAGCAGAGAAGUGGACAACAGUCCCUCCACAGCAUGUGUGUGUGGAGAACACGGAUCGGCAAAUCAAAACAAUACGACCUGACAGCGUUGUCCGUUCCAUUUACAAAGCCACCGGCUGCUCGGAUAACCCCAACCACCACGUGAUCUACUUGGAGCAUGUGGUUGUGCGCAUCACUAUUACUCACCCUCGACGUGGAGACUUGGCAAUUUACCUAACCUCUCCUUCGGGAACUAGGUCACAGCUAUUGGCCAACAGGUUAUUUGAUCAUUCCAUGGAAGGAUUUAAAAACUGGGAGUUUAUGACUACUCACUGCUGGAGUGAAAAAGCAGCAGGUGACUGGAUCUUAGAAAUCUGUGACACUCCUUCUCAGCUGAGAAAUUUCAAGACUCCAGGCAAAUUGAAAGAAUGGUCCUUAGUACUGUAUGGAACAUCCAUCCAACCUUACUCACCAAGAAAUGAUUUUCCAAAAGUGGAACGAGUGCGCUCUAGUCCAGUUGAAGACCCUACAGAAGAUUAUGGAACAGAUGACUAUUCAGGUCCUUGCAAUGCAGAAUGCAGUAAAGUAGGGUGUGAUGGACCAGGACCAGAUCACUGUACUGACUGUCUGCACUACUACUACAAAUCUAAGAAUAACACACGGAUCUGUGUUUCGAACUGCCCACCUGGUCACUACAAUGCAGACAAGAAGCGCUGUAAAAAAUGCUCACCGAAUUGUGAAACUUGUGUUGGAGGCCACAGUGACCAGUGCAUGACCUGUAAAUCUGGCUACUACCUGAAUGAAGUAACUAAUAGCUGUAUUACCAGCUGCCCAGAUGGGUUUUACCUCGAUAAGAGUAAGAUAGUUUGCCGAAAAUGCAGUGAAAACUGUAAGACCUGCGUUGAAUUCCAAAUCUGCACAGAAUGCAAACAUGGCCUCAGUUUGCAUGGCUCCAAAUGUGCUAUCCGCUGUGAAGAAGGAAAAUACCAUAAUGGUAGGGAAUGUGAACCGUGUCACCGUUCCUGUGCAACAUGUGCAGGUGCCGGAGUAGAUUCUUGUAUAAACUGCACACAGGGCUAUUUUAUGGAAGAUGGAAGAUGUGUGCAAUCCUGUAGUAGUGGUUUUUACCUUGAUCACUCUCCUGAAAGUGGAUAUAAAAACUGCAAAAGAUGUGACGCCAGCUGCGUGGAAUGCAGCGGCCAGGGAGACCGAAACUGCACGAGCUGUCCAAGCGGCUAUAACCUAGACACUGGUGUCUGCGUAGUGGGAACAGUCUGCAAGGAUGGGGAAUAUCUUGAUGAUUCCCAGAAAUGUCAGCUGUGUGAAGCAUCCUGUCAGAAAUGCAUUGGACCUGAGCAGGACAACUGCAUCAGCUGUCCAGGCACAAGAGCCUUUGACGAUGGUCGCUGUGUUAUGCAGUGCCCCAGAGGAAAGUUUGAAUUUAAAGGACAGUGCCAUUUGUGCCAUCACACCUGCCUGGACUGCAGUGGAAGUGAACCUAACAAAUGCACUGUUUGUGGAACGGAUAGGCGAGGGAUCGACCGCUUCUUCUACCACGGGGAGUGCAGAGAGAGCUGCCCUCCGGGGCACUACCAUGCCGAGCACACCUGCAUGCCCUGUGCUGCUCACUGCGAAGUGUGUCUGGACACCGGCCACUGCAAACGAUGUUUCAGAGGCUACUACCUAGCUCAAAACAUAUGUCAGAAGCACAGCUGUACAGAAGGUGAAGUGGAAGACCCUGACUCGGAAAAUUGCAUACCUUGUGCAGAUGGAUGUCAGAACUGCAAAUGGGAUGACCCGAGAAUCUGCAUGACCUGCAUUCAGAACUACUACAUGUAUAAGGACCAUUGCUAUAAAUACUGUCCAGAAAAUACUUACAGAGACAAAAUUUCCAUGAAGUGUAUAGAGUGCCCAAGCAACUGCGAUGGCUGUGACAAGGAUGAGUGUGGCGCGUGUAAGGAAGGCUUUUAUCUCUUGGGUGGCACAUGUGUGAGUGAGUGUGGAGCUGGAUUCUUCAGGGAUGACAUCUCCAGAGAAUGUGAGGCGUGCCACAGGAGCUGUGCAACGUGCGUUGGGUACAGCUAUGAGGAGUGCACCGCGUGCAAGAGUAACUUCCAGUUAUCUCGUGGUCAGUGCCUGAAUCCGAGAAAUGUUCCGCCUAGUGGGAAGUUCUGGAGUGAAGCAAAAAAUCAGUUACAGUCCUGUGAUCCUUCAUGUAAGACCUGUGACAAAGAUGCUAACAUGUGUACUUCAUGUCCCAAAGGAAAAUUUCUUAGCCAUGAUACCUGUGUCUCUCAAUGCCCUCAACAAACUUUUGGCAAUGUGGAAAGCGGAAAGUGCGAGAUGUGCUUGGACGACUGCGAGGUGUGCUCUGACCCCUGGCACUGUCAGAAGUGUCAGUCCGGACUGGACCAGCCACUCUUCCUCCACAAAGGCAGGUGCUUUCAGGAAUGCCCGGAGGGAUAUUUUAAUGACUCUGGGACUUGCAAGGAAUGCAGUGGAUCCUGUAAGACGUGCAUGGGAAGUGCCACCAAAUGCCAGUCCUGUGAAAGUCCUUUGCUUCUGGAGCAGUGGGAAUGUAAACAUACCUGUUCAGAGAAGUAUUUUGCUUCUGAAGGAAUCUGCAAACACUGCCCUCCAAUGUGUCAGGAGUGCAUUCACAAUCAAAUGUGCAAAGGGUGCAUGGAUGAGUUCUUCCUGCACGAGGGGAGGUGUGUGGAGGAUUGCCCCUCUCGCUUCUACGCCGAAGACAAGCAGUGCUUCCCCUGCCACGGAGACUGCAAGGAUUGCGAUGGGCCCGACUCAGACGACUGUAAUGAGUGUGCCGUCAGCUUCUUUGUCCUGUACAACGGGAGGUGUUUUGAAGAAUGCCCCGAGGGGACUUACUAUGAAGAAGCGACUGAAGAUUGCCAAGCAUGCAAUACGACAUGCCAGACUUGUUCUUCUUCCACUGCCUGCCUUACUUGCAGAAAUGGCCUGACGCUGAACCACAAUGGGCAAUGUUUGGCGUCCAGAUACUGCUCUCACACUGAGUACUAUGAUGAGCAAACUCAAACCUGCAAGCCUUGUCAUAAGAAAUGCUUUCGCUGCUCAGGACCCACUGAACACCAGUGUCUUAGCUGUGCGAAUAAUCAACAUCUUCUCAAUACCUCCUGCGUUGAAACGUGCCCACAUGGAUAUUAUGCUGACAGCAAUGAGGGACAAUGUUGCCCAUGCCACAUCACCUGUGACACUUGCUUUGGAAAACACAGCUCACAGUGCCUCUCCUGCAAACCGAGCUGGUACAGGAAAGGAAAAGGAUGUGUAAACCAGUGUCCAGCUGGAUACUUUGCACAAAACUCCACGGGGUCAUGUGAGAGAUGCCACAAGAGCUGUAAGGAGUGCAUGGGACCUCAGCCUACAGACUGCCUUUUCUGCGAUACGUAUUUUUACCUGUUGCGUUCGAAGAAUGAAUGUGUUAGCUCUUGCCCUGAAUAUUACUACGAAAACAAGGACAACAACAUGUGCGAUAGAUGCCACCCUUCCUGCCGAACGUGCGAAGGGGAUGGAGCAUUCAGCUGCACUUCUUGUGUAUGGAGCUACACUUUAUUAAGUGGGAUGUGCAACUCAGACUGUCUUGUAGGUGAAUACAGAGUCCAGGAGUCACCAGCACAAGAGGACGACCAGCUCAAAUGUGAGAAAUGUGACAGCACGUGCACUGAAUGUAAGGGACCUGGGCCUCUCAACUGCACCAUGUGUCCAGCCAGCAUGCAGCUCUACCUCGAAGAAGGUCGCUGCCUUCCCUGCUGCGGUGACUCUGACCUGGCAGAUGGCCCAGAGUGCUGUGACUGCAGUGAAACACAAGAUGACUGUGUCUUACGGAUCACUCUACCACCUGAGCACAAAAGCAAAACUGUUUUCUUUGUUAUUACCUGCAUUUUCCUUCUUCUUAUCAUUGGAGCUAUUAUAUUUAUCUGGAGAAAAUCACGAGCCAAAACCCAGGCUGUCAAUAAAAGGGGAUAUGAGAAGCUAACAAAUCACUCCAAAGCCUUUGCUUCCUACAUGAGCAACUCCCAUGAGAGUACAAGCUAUCGGGAAGAUCAAGUGAUUGAGUACAGAGAUAGAGAUAAUGAAGACGAAGAUGACGAUGAUGAUAUUGUAUAUAUGGGCCAGGACGGGACAAUCUAUCGUAAAUUUAGAUAUGGACUUUUGGAGGAGGAUGAGGAAGAUGAGCUUGAAUAUGAUGAUGAAAGUUACUCAUUUAGAUAACUCUACUAAUCUAUGGAUUUUCUGCUCUGUUGCCUUACUUAUUAAAUUACAUCAAUUUAGUUAAGUAUGUUUAGUUAUUUCUUAACAUGCUGAGCUCAAGAUUUUAGCUAAUGCAUAUUGUGAGAGCAGAAUGGUUUCUAAAAACAUCUCUUUCAUCUUAAAACUUUAUAUAAAUCCUUGCUAGGCUUUUAAGUAGCACUCCAGAUGUAGGCUGGUUAAGAGAUCACAUUUCUGAGCAUUUGUGUGGAGACUAAAUCCUUUCCCAAUGUUUGUGUGUGCAUUAUAACUAUUACAAACACUGCUUCAAACGGCAUACACACACAUUUAAUGAGAACCUUGCCAAUCACUACUAAAAAUGUGCAGAUAUAAACCAGAUGGGUGUAUUUGCCUGCACAGUGAAUGUCACUGGCAUAGGGUGCCACUUUACUGUUUGCUACUUUGUGAUUAUAGUUGUACAGCAAUUCACACAACACAAUAGGUAAUUUUGCUGAUUUUACCUAGACUUUCUUUCUUGAAAUGACCUGGCACAUAUGUGCCCCUCAAAGCUGACACAUUUCACCUCAUAAACUUGGAGCAUAUUUCGCAGUGAAAUUAUGUAUUUAUGACAUGAUGUUGAAGAUCUGUGAUUGUGAAUCUGUUCCAGAUAAAACUCAACUGUAUUCAUAGUUUGUAUGAAAAAAUAUGCAGUAUUUUAUACAUCAUCAACCUCUGAUGAAUCUUAUUUCUAGUGGUUAUAAAGCUUAAAUAACCUGUCAUUACACACAUUUUUUCCUGUUUACUGCAGAGGAAAAUGUGGUCUAUAUGUAUGCUUAGAAAAAGAAAAGAUGACUCCUUUUGUCUUUGUAACUACCUUCUCAGGAUUCAGGGAACUGACACAGAGCAUUACUCAAGCAACUUUUGCAUUUCUGUUGUAAAUGUCUCAGGAUGUUCAGACUAUGGCUAAGGGAAUAGUUAGCACUUAUUUGGUAAAGUAACCUAAAGGAACACAACAGUGAGAUUUUUUUUUUUUUUUAUCAUUACAGAAAUGUAAUUUAUUAUACUACAGAUAAGGAUGCUCUUUAUGGCCCCUUGCUGUGAAAGAAUAAAUUCUUUGCACAAAACCA